UAUAGUGUUAAAGAGAGCAAGUUCUGUUUAACACAGACGAGCUGUGGUAGCAGCUAGCGGGUGAAGGUUUUUGCGCCGCGCCUUAUAUCACACCGUCGUCCGAAAGCGUCGUUGCCGUGAAACCCUAGAAAGAAACGACGACGUAAAUGGAGGUGGAGCCCGUGGAGCCGCAGUCGCUGAAGAAGCUAAGCUUCAAGUCUCUGAAGCGCGCUCUCGAUCUCUUCUCUCCCAUCCACGGACACCUCGCUACUCCCGAUGCCGAAAGCAAGAAAAUACGCACUAGCCACAAGGUGAGCGUGGAGUAUGGUGGAAUCAAAAGCACUGCCAAUCAACCUCCUCCUCGUCAAAUUAGUUCUGCCACCCAGGAUCCAGGGCCCUCUAACACUCUUGCUCUUCCAGGUCCCGGAGAUUCCAAGGAUUCUCAGAAAGGAGGACCCCAAAAUGCCUUGGUUGUUGGUCCAACUAUCCCAUCCACAACACCGAAUGAUACUGGCUUUCAGAACAAAAGUACAGCGGUUGUUUCAGCCUCUGGUUCAUCUGAAAGAAAUUUAUCAACAUCUGCUUUGAUGGAAAGAAUGCCAAGUAAAUGGCCACGUCCUGUAUGGCACGCACCAUGGAAGAACUACAGGGUCAUCAGCGGUCACUUGGGAUGGGUGAGAUCUGUUGCAGUUGAUCCCAGUAACACAUGGUUUUGUACUGGUUCUGCAGAUCGAACUAUCAAGAUAUGGGACUUGGCAAGUGGAGUAUUGAAGCUCACAUUAACAGGCCACAUUGAACAAGUUAGAGGUCUUGCUGUUAGCAACAGACAUACUUACAUGUUCUCUGCUGGUGACGAUAAACAAGUUAAAUGUUGGGAUCUUGAACAGAAUAAGGUUAUUAGGUCUUAUCAUGGUCAUCUGAGUGGUGUUUAUUGCUUGGCUCUUCAUCCCACAAUUGACGUUUUACUAACCGGAGGACGUGAUUCUGUCUGCCGGGUUUGGGAUAUACGAAGUAAAAUGCAGAUUCAUGCUCUUUCAGGUCAUGAUAACACUGUCUGUUCUGUGUUUACGCGGCCAACGGAUCCCCAAGUUGUUACAGGUUCUCAUGACACUACCAUCAAGAUGUGGGACCUUAGAUAUGGUAAAACAAUGUCAACUCUUACAAACCAUAAAAAAUCUGUUCGAGCAAUGGCCCAGCAUCCCAAAGAGCAAGCUUUUGCAUCUGCUUCAGCUGACAAUAUUAAAAAGUUCACCCUUCCAAAAGGAGAAUUUUGCCACAAUAUGCUCUCUCAACAGAAAACUAUCAUCAAUGCAAUGGCUGUCAAUGAGGAGGGUGUGAUGGUUACUGGAGGCGACAAUGGCAGCAUGUGGUUCUGGGAUUGGAAGAGUGGUCACAAUUUCCAGCAAUCCCAAACAAUUGUCCAGCCUGGUUCAUUGGACAGUGAAGCUGGUAUUUAUGCUUGUACCUAUGAUCUUACUGGUUCGAGGCUCAUAACCUGCGAAGCUGACAAGACGAUAAAAAUGUGGAAAGAAGAUGAGAGUGCCACUCCAGAAACCCAUCCCCUUAACUUCAGGCCUCCUAAAGACAUCCGUCGAUUCUAGACAUGCUCCUCAUUUAUCUCAGGCAACUUAUUCUGCUAAUACAGAGUGGGUAUGUGCUAUCUGGAGGGCUUGGUGUAAAUUUACUUGUUGGGAGAUUCACAGUUCUCUUCUUAGCAGGCUUUUAUCAUCAUUUUUGUAUCACGAGAAAUGUUAGGAAAAUACUCUCAAAUACUCUUUUGAACACAAUCUUUCUUAUUGAUUGAAAUUUUUAUUGAAAAUCACAAAUUGGUGGAUGCUACAUAUUUAACGAACCUCCUUAUUUUGUAUUUUCUGAUAAUUUUCAACUAGUAGGAGAGUGUGGUGUCAGAAAGUAUGUGUUAAAGAGUGUGUAACACUUCUGUGUGCAUCAUUGGAUUGCUUGUAAGAUUAUUCCUACAUAGUUCGUGUGUCUCAAUAGCUUUGCAUUUCAGUUGA